CUGGCAGCGGAAGAGCAGAAGGGAGUCGGAAGCAGUUGUGGAGGGAGCGGCGCCCCGAGAGACAACCUGCAGAAAUCCGCAGCACAAAGGAAAUCCUCGGAGAUGUUUUGAAUUAAAAUCCGAUGGGUCCAGAAGUUUGUGGAUCCUUUGGCCGGGAACUGCCGUAAGCGAAAGGAAUCCAGAGAGUUGGAAGUCAAGUCCAGAGAGUUGGAAGUCAAAUCCAGAAAGUUGGAAGUCAAAUCCAGAAAGUUGGAAGUCAAAUCCCCUUCGGCUCCGCCGGCUGUUGGGAGACGUCGGAAUCUCCAGCGCUGUCAGGUGCUGAUGGCCGAGGCUGAAGCUAAGGAUUCUGGGAAACAGAACAGCAGCAGCAUGGAGAACCUGACCGAAGAUGGCUUCCCUCUGUCCUCCCUGGCCAACCUGUUUGAGAACGAUGAGGCCAGUGCUGCUGCUGAGGUACCACGGCCAGUAGCCCGGGAAAAUGGUGAGACCAACAAACAGAAUCUGAGAUCCAAGUUCCAAGGGGCAUUUAAGAACCGAAUGCCAAAUCCUAUUGACCUUUUGGAAUCCUCCAUCUAUGACUCGUCCAUGCCCAGCAUGGCUCCUGCCCCUAAAAAGGCCCCUAUGGAUUCACUUUUUGACUAUGGAUCCUACCGACAGGGCAGUGAUGAUAAGAGGAAGAAAAAGAAACCGGCCAAAGAUAAAAAUAGCCCAAAGGUGAAGGCCCCUGCACCUGAACCACCUCCAGUUCUGAAGGUCUUCAACAGGGCACUUCUGUUUGACAUUGUGUCACAGGGAUCAGUUGCUGGACUGGAUGGGCUGCUCGUCUUUCUACUGAGUCAAAAGAAACGUCUGACGGAUGAGGAAUUUCGAGAACCUUCAACAGGAAAGACUUGUUUACCAAAAGCACUGUUAAACUUAACCAAUGGAAAGAACGAUACCAUUCCGGUAAUGCUGGAGAUUGCAGAAAAGACAGGAAAUCUUCGAGAAUUCAUCAAUGCACCGUUCCGGGAUGUGUACUACAGAGGCCAGACUGCACUGCACAUUGCCAUUGAGCGCCGGUGCAAGCACUAUGUGGAACUGUUGGUUGAAAAGGGAGCUGAUGUCCAUGCACAGGCCCGGGGGAAAUUUUUCCAGCCCAAGGACGAGGGUGGAUAUUUCUACUUUGGUGAAUUACCUCUCUCUCUGGCUGCCUGCACCAACCAGCCUGACAUCGUCAACUACCUCACUGAAAACCCGGAUAAGGUCGCGGAUUUACGGAGACAGGAUUCCCGUGGAAAUACCGUGCUCCAUGCUUUGGUUGCCAUUGCUGAUAAUACCAGGGAGAACACCAAGUUUCUGACGAAAAUGUACGACUUGUUCCUCAUCAAAUGUGCCAAGACAUACCCAGACUGCAACCUGGAGGCCAUUUUGAACAAUGAUGGACUAUCGCCACUCAAGAUGGCAGCAAAGCUUGGAAAGAUUGGGGUUUUUCAGCACAUUAUCAGGAGAGAGAUAAAGGAUGAAAGUGCUCGGCACCUGUCCCGCAAAUUCCGAGACUGGGUAUACGGGCCAGUGUACUCUUCACUCUAUGAUCUCUCAGCAAUAGAUACAUGUGGUGAAGAGGUGUCACUCCUGGAGAUCCUGGUCUACAAUGGAAAGAUGGAGAAUCGUUAUGAGAUGUUAGCUGUGGAACCCAUCAAUGAACUUUUCCGUGAUAAAUGGAAGAAGUUUGCAGCUGUGUCCUUCUACCUCAGUGUUAUCUCCUACAUCACAGCCAUGGUCAUAUUCACCCUCAUUGCAUACUACAGACCAUCAGAAGGCCAACCUCCUUACCCAUAUGAGACCUCAGUCGACUACUUGCGAAUGGCUGGAGAACUCAUCACUGUCAUCACCGCCAUCUUCUUUUUCUUCACAAAUGUCAAGGAUUUAUUCCUGAAGAAAUGUCCAGGAGUGAAUUCCAUGUUCAUUGAUGGAUCUUUCCAGUUGCUUUAUUUUAUUUAUUCCAUCCUGGUGUUGGUGUCGGCAGGACUGUACUUGGCUGGUGAGGAGUCCUAUCUUGCUGUAAUGGUGUUUGCUCUGGUCUUAGGCUGGAUAAACACACUAUACUUCACCAGGGGUCUGAAGCUAACAGGAACCUACAGCAUUAUGAUACAGAAGAUUCUGAUUAAAGAUCUUUUCCGGUUCCUUCUUGUCUAUGUGCUAUUCAUGAUUGGUUUCACAUCAGCCCUGGUCUCACUGUUGAUGACUUGUCCCAGUGAUGACAUUACACUUCAAACUUGUGACAUAACUUCAGAUUCACCGAACUGCACAAGUUCAACGUAUCCCAUCUGUCGGGACAACUUAUCAUUCAGCAAGUUCCUGCUGGAACUCUUUCGACUCACCAUCGGCAUGGGUGACCUGGAUGUUAUCAACAAUGCCAAGUACCCCAUUGUCUUUGUUAUACUCCUGGUCUCCUACAUUAUCCUGACCUUUGUACUUCUGCUGAACAUGUUAAUUGCUUUGAUGGGUGAAACUGUGGGGCAAGUCUCUAAGAAGAGCAAACAAAUCUGGAGGCUUCAGUGGGCUACAACGAUCCUGGACAUUGAGAGAUCAUUCCCUGUAUUCCUGAGGAAAGCAUUCCGCUCUGGAGAGAUGGUUACCGUGGGAAUCAAUUCUGAUGGCACACCAGAUCGGAGAUGGUGCUUUAGGGUGGAUGAGGUUAACUGGUCUCACUGGAACCAAAAUGUUGGAAUUAUUAACGAAGACCCCGGCAGGAACGAUACCUACCAGUUCGACAGUGGAUUUACCCAAACCAUGGGCCGUCUGCGUCGAGAUCGCUGGUCAACUGUGGUUCCUCGAGUUGUAGAGCUGAAUAAAAGUUCCCGACCUGAUGAUUACGUGGUUGGAAUGGAGCAUGUCUCAAUGGAAAGGAAGUAUGGAUACAACAAUUUACACCAAAAUAGCCAUGGGAAGAAGGAUGAAACACAUAUUUAA